AUGACUUGACGGAUCUCGACAAGAGGCUCAGACAAAUAAAUGCAGCGGUCGAAAACGUUGUCCGUCACCCGGCGUUGUGGUUGAAAGAAGCGGGAGACUGUGGUUAGCCGACUUUCAAUAACCCCACACUCCCGGCUUCUAUUAGUUUCAGAAACAGCAGUUUGUUUCCUAACCCGUCUGAAAAUGAACGGUUUCCACCACGACCUGCUUCACGAUAAAGACUGCUUCCUCUUUACCUCCGAGUCUGUGGGAGAAGGACACCCCGAUAAGAUUUGUGAUCAGAUCAGUGAUGCUGUGUUGGAUGCUCACCUCAGUCAAGACCCUGAUGCUAAAGUAGCAUGUGAGACUGUAGCUAAGACGGGGAUGAUCCUGCUGGCGGGGGAGAUCACCUCCAGGGCCAAAGUUGACUAUCAAAAAGUUGUCAGAGAUGCGAUCAGAGACAUCGGCUAUGACGACUCCUCCAAAGGCUUUGACUAUAAGACCUGCAAUGUGCUGGUUGCCCUUGAGCAGCAGUCUCCGGACAUCGCUCAGGGUGUUCACCUGGACCGGAAAGAAGAGGAUGUGGGAGCAGGAGACCAGGGUCUGAUGUUUGGAUAUGCCACGGAUGAGACGGACGAGUGCAUGCCGCUCACAAUUGUUCUGGCCCACAAGCUCAACGCCAAAAUGGCCGAAUUACGGCGAGAUGGAACUCUGCCGUGGCUCCGACCCGAUUCCAAAACUCAGGUGACUGUUCAGUACAAGCAGGACAGAGGAGCUGUGGUGCCGCUGCGCGUUCACACGAUCGUCAUCUCCGUGCAGCACGAUGAAUGCGUGUGUUUGGAAGAAAUGCGCCGCUGUCUGAAGGAGCAGGUGGUGAAGGCUGUGGUCCCGUCUGGGUACCUGGAUGAUGAAACCAUCUAUCACCUUCAGCCCAGCGGCCGUUUUGUCAUCGGGGGUCCACAGGGGGACGCUGGUUUAACUGGCCGUAAGAUCAUCGUGGACACCUAUGGGGGCUGGGGGGCCCACGGAGGAGGAGCUUUCUCUGGAAAGGACUACACCAAGGUGGAUCGUUCAGCUGCCUACGCCGCUCGAUGGGUCGCCAAGUCUCUUGUGAAAUCCAACCUCUGCAGACGCGUGUUAGUCCAGGUUUCCUAUGCUAUUGGAGUGUCCCACCCCCUGUCCGUCUCCAUCUUCCACUAUGGGACGUCCCAGAGGAGUGAAAGGGAGCUGCUGGACAUCGUGAUGAAGAACUUUGAUCUGCGUCCUGGAGUUAUUGUGAGGGAACUGGAUCUGAAGAAACCCAUCUACCAGCGCACCGCAGCGUACGGCCACUUCGGCCGUGACGUCUUUUCCUGGGAGAUGCCCAAGAAGCUGAAAUAUUGAACCCUGGCUUUUGCUGGCUAACACAUGUCAGCUCCUGUUUAGAUGAACGUGUCUCUUUCUCCUGCCUCCUUCCUCCUCUUUUCCCUGCUCUUCCUCACACACACGAGGGCGUGACGGAGCAUCCACGACACUAAACCUUAGAUCUACUGAAGACCAUCCAGGUAAAGCAGCAGCUUUUGGGGAGUUACAGGGCUGAGUUGUGCUGCCAAUACUUCAUGAUAGUUUGUUCCCUUUUUCCUCCGUAUUUUGACAUCUGAGUGCAUCUUACAGGGUUGGAGGCAGUAAAGCUUCAAUUAAGAGUUUUGCUUGAUUUCAACACAAUCCUGAGUAUUUUAGUUUAGAAAAAAGGGUGUCUGCAAAUCCUUAAAUAUUUAUUUGUGUUGGUUCAGGUUUUUGGAUGUUUUGUAGAAAUAUCUGAAGCUGCUAACAAACUUCUGUUAAAUCAGCUCCACUGGAGGUCACUUUUUCUAUUUUGUGGAGUAAAAGGUCAAGCUAGUCUUCUGAUUAACACUAAAUAAAUGCUGGGAUGUUUGUCUAAUAUUAAGGGGAGUCAUUUCUUUUCUAAAGAGUGAAUCAAAGUUUAGCUAUAAACAUAAUGUCUGAUUGAAAAGGGAUGUAGACAUGAGAUGUGAAUGAGGAGAAGCUUUAGUGACAUCUGAUCGGUUGAGAGGAGUUUUUGGAUAGAUCAGCGCAUAGUUAGCAUAUCUGAAAGUACUUUUGUCUCCUUGGAAGUUAGUUUGUGGAGUUUCUGACCUCUAAUCUAUUCCGAAGACACAAGAAUUCCAGCAAAAUCCACAGUUGCUGCAGAAGUUUUUUCUUUCUAAAUAUUGACUCAAACUGCUGAGAUUAAUAGGAAUCAUGGAUUUAAUGAUUUGAAAGUAACAAGGCCGUUGAUUCAAAGCAGAAUUGAGCAGCUGAUGAUUCAAAUACUUGAGUCUAAUGUGCAACUAGCUAAAGCAGACAUAGAUCUCUCCUUCUUCCUCUUUCCCUACUCUUCCUCACCCAUAUCAUGGAGCAUCAACUGCUUUACGUGUAGUUCAUGCUCUUCCUGUAGACAUCUGUGUGAUGUUCUGUUGUCUGUUUCUACGUGUAUUGGGUUUAAAUAAUGGGGUCCCUCGUCGUCAGUCCAGGCCUAACCUGUCUCCUCUAAGUGGAAUGUGCUCCAAGAACUGGGUUUUGCUCUUGGAUUUAUCAUAAACGCACAAAAAGAGAUGCAGAUACUGGUGGUUAAAGUUCCCCUAAAUGUUUUCUUCCCUCUUCUGCAUCAGUGGUUGACCUUAAGCAAGUCACCAGAACAAUCCCUGCACUCCUGACCUGCUGCUGAAGCAAUCAGCUGGUUGUGUUUCGACAUCAUCCAAGCUUCUUGUCUGUGAUGUCUGGUGACCUAUAUUUAAAAAUGGCACCAGUUUAGUUUUUAACAGCGUUUUGUGUAAGAAGCAAUUUUAGACGCCAAAGAUUUUCCACCUGAGGUUUGGAUUAACUUGCAAAAAAUUGAACAUAAAACAUGGAAACCAAAGAGUUAAAAGGAUUUGAAAUGCUCUAAAUGUAUCUCCUGGACUAAAAUCCAAGCAAAUUGUGAAACACAGCUGGACAGUUUGUGUCGUCUUUUAACGUCUACAGUAUGAAGUGGAGCUGUUUCCUAGUUAACUCUGAUGCUGGACUUUGUUUUUCUGUGGGACUGUUCUGCACUAGCUCCCCCUUGUGGUGUCGUUGCAGUAGUACACUGUCUGUUUUGUUGUUUUCUCUGUGAUGGUACACCUUCUGUCUCGUCCAGAACGCGGGCUGCUUGGCUGGUGUUGUACAGAGAAACCGGCUUGUUUACACGGCCUGCUGAGGUGAGAUUGAAGAGCUUCUCCUCUAAAGUCAGUCUGUCGGCGUGUUGCAUAAUGUUCAAAAGUGCCUCUUUGUCAUCCAUGCACCCUUUCACCUCCCAUCUGUCUUUUUCUGUAACGUCUUAUUUAGCUCCUCAUGGAAACUGUUUCAAUAAACGAUCUUUUGUGUGG